AUGUUUCUACAGACGCUCCGCCUUAAUAUGCCAAGGGUGCUAUCGCACUUGAAACUGUCUCCCGCAACGGUAACGAGGGCGUACACUCUGCCCUCCCUCUUGUCGGCAGGUCCUCAACAGCCGGCACUUACAGCAGCUAACAGGUCGUUGGUGUUCAGCAGGGGCUUUAAAGUCAGAACCUCUAUCAAAAAGUUUUGUAGCGACUGCUACCUGGUAAGAAGAAAAGGACGAGUGUACAUCUACUGCAAGUCGAACAAAAAGCACAAGCAGCGUCAAGGCUGA